CUGGACAACUCUUAUUAACUUUUGGAAUUUUGAGAGCAUCAUCUCCAUCGCCGUCAUCGCCACCGUGAUACUCAAAAAUGUUGCUCAAAUGGUACCAAGGGCUAUCAUUAGCCUCAUUCUUCGCUCCGGGAUCUGCACUGUUGCGGUUCUCCUGUUCCCAGCUUGUGACCGAGCGUCUGGAUCCGUUGGUUAACCCAGGAGUAGUUGGCUCGCCGCAUUUACACCAAAUCAUCGGGGGCAAUACCUUCAAUGCAACCAUGGACCCCAAGACGUUGAGCAUACCCGACGCCGCGACCUGCACGACAUGUACAUUCGCAGAGGACUUCAGCAACUACUGGACUGCAGUCCUCUUCUUCCGCGCACGAAACGGCACAUACAAACGUGUGCCGCAGAAAGGCAACGUUUACUUCGAAGAGUCAACCGGGGGCAUGACUAUUUACUACAUCCCGAGCUACCAGAACACCAAGGUCACGGCGUUCAAGCCCGGUUUUCGAAUGAUCACCGGUAACCCGACGAUUCGAACGCAAGAGGAGGCGGCAAAAUAUAGACAACUCACUUAUACUUGCCUCCAAAACUCAAUGACGCGCACAGGCGAAACUCUCGACAUGCCCAAGAAGCCUUGUCCAGCAGGGAUAAUGGCCAACCUGCGCUUCCCAACCUGCUGGGAUGGUGUCAACCUCGACAGCGCAGACCACAGCAGCCACGUCUCAUACCCACAAGGCGGGACUUUCGAGAACGGCGCUCCCUGCCCUACCACGCACCCGGUUAAGAUCCCGCAGCUAUUCUACGAAAUCGUGUGGGACACGACGGCCUUCAACAACCCGAAGGACUGGCCCGAGGACGGCUCGCAGCCGUUCGUCUGGAGUUACGGGGACGCGACGGGGUUCGGCAACCACGGGGACUACGUCUUUGGAUGGAAGGGAAGCGCGCUACAGAAGGCCAUGGAUACGAAUUGCAAUGGGGAUAAGUGCAAUGGGCUCUCGUAUCAGGCUAUCAAGAAUGGUAAUGCUUGCACGAAGAAGCCAUCAGUGAACGAGGACCUGAGCGGCUGGCUACGAGAGCUACCUGGCGGGAUGCCCGUGACUGAUAGCAGCGGCAAGGUGAUUUUCUAG